CCGAUUGAUUGAGAUCGAUAAUAUUUAACGGGUGUACUGACUCGUUUAAUUAUAGAUUAAUCACGGAGACGACGAGAGCCGGAAGAACGAAGUGUACUAGGAAGGAAGACGGGCUGUUCCGCAGCCGUCGGUAGAUAUAUGAUAAACGAAAUGGAGAUACAUAUAUAAGGUGGCGCGGUGGCAUGCACUCCGUGGUAGAAUUAUGGUGCAAGCUGUAGGCCGCGCGUUCGAUGUGCUCGUGCUGACUGCACUCCUGACGCUGCUGUUCGUCGAUCAAGUUUCCUCUAGGCUGUGCAAUGGGGGGCAUGUCUGCUCUCCUCCAAAAGAGUGCUGUUCCUUCGGCUGUUGUUACGGUGUAUUCCAAUUGCACUCUACAUCAGACAUGUUCAAUUUCUUGAUUUGGACUUACUGGUACUUAUGGGCAGCAGUACUUAUAGGAUUGGCUAUAGCAGCAGCAUGCGGUUGCUGGCUAUGGAGACGCCAUCGCUCUGUCAUGGUGGAAGAUUGUGCUUCUUCUGACAGAGCUUCCACAGGCCCUUGGUAUCCAUCUCCGCAUUACAGCCACUGCAGUUCCUUUGUCCAAGCGCUGCCACCCCCUUACAAUGAGGUUACAGCCAAGCCAGAUCUGUACCCCUUGGUAAUUGGGUAUGACGAGGGAACUGGCAAAGGGACUUCAGGGUUUGUAAUGCGUUACUUCAGAUCGCUCUCACAGGCCAGCACACUGGAUUCCUUAAGUUCCAGUUUCAUGUGCAACAUGGUGAAUGAAGUGAACACCAUAAUUCCACCACCAUACUCUUGUAACAACAGCGCCGACGAACUGUCAGCAGUGGAGUGCGAGAGAAUGGAAAACAUGGAUGUUGGGUCUGUUGUUUCGUUGGCUAAUCAUAGGACAACGUCUGACAUAUCGAGUUUAGCUGCUCAAUCUCCGUGUUCACCGCCGCGGGCUACUAGUCCAACGAUAGAGUUACGCGAACUUCUAGAUAAAAUUCAGCAGCUGCCACAGCUACCCAGUGGGCAUAGCACCGUUUUGCCUUGUUAUCAGAAUCGACCGCAAGUUUUAUGUACGACGAACGGGAACGGCUCUACGCAACGGCCUCUAAGUCCGGGUGACGUUAUCGGAUCGCACAGAGAGAGGAGGAUGACGCGAGGGAAGAUGUACAUGCCCCUAGGGCUUCCAAGCUCGAGGAACAAGACGAAACGAUGGCUGUCGCGUUCGGCGCCGACGACGCCGUCCGGCACGAUACCGAUGUCGUUCCUCUCGGUGCAGAGCAGGCGGCCGUCUGAAACGGACAACAAUAAUCAGCAAGUGGUCCCGUUGCUCUCGGAACAGGACGAGACGGAGAACAAUAACGUGGAUCAGACAAACGGCAUUCCGUUGCUGUCCGAGCAAGAAGAGGAACCGCAACAGACAUGACGGCGAAUCGUCUGAGCGUGUCGAGAAACGAUCGAUCGAGAGACGAUCGGUCGUCGAACGAUCGGAUUCCGGAAUGUCGUUGCCCCGAGUAACCUGUAUAUUUUUUAACAUGGCUGGUCAACUCCUCGCCGCAGUCUCGAGCGAAAGAGUGUAUGCAUUAAUGUUCGCCAAUUAAUUUCGUCCAACGAAAAGCAAACACCGCCUCCCUUUGCUCUUAGGAAGAAAACAAAGAAAAGAAAAAAUAAGAAGACGAAGAAACGACUCGACGCUGUGAUUUCAGUUUGCGCGCGCGCGCGCGCUCGCGCGUCUACAGCCACCGCCACAUAGUUGACACAGUUUCGUUUCUCUAGCGAGUCUAACCUACUCUUUGCGAGCCGAACCGGAAUCUAGCGAUAAAUGAUGAUAACAAAACGUAUCUCUUAAGCUCUGUGGAAUAGCUUGCAGUUUAACUUACAGAAAAAAAAAGAAACCACGGACACCUUCUUCUCCCGAGGGACACGUACCUUUACGAACAGUUACCGACGAUAGAUAAUUAUUACGUAGGCGAUCUUCGAGCCCGGCUUGUUCUCGAUCUCGAUCGACAACCGUGCGUAUUUGAUACAUCGAAUUUCAUUUUCGCGCGACUCGAAUCGAACAUCGCGGAUACCUUAUCGGCAGCGACGCGAACGCUUCCUAUUUACCGCGUCGAGUGCCGCGGGGUCACCGGUGACCCAGGUCGAAUUAGUAGAACGCAGUCAAUUAAACGAUCAUUGUUUGCGGAUAUUUUUAUAUUAUAAAUAACGCUGUCUAACGCGAAAAAACGCGAGAUAAUGAAACGAUUCGAUGAAAUAAUUUGGUAUCACAUUUUUGUUUUGUGCUUUUGAAAUCGGCAUUCGACGCGUUAAGUAGCUGUGAUCACCGAAAUCGUUUCCGUCGAUUCACGCGCUUGAAAUCUUUCGAUCGAACGAGGAAUUUCAAAGGGAAACCGUUGGAUUCGAAGGGAUGGAUUCAGGGUCACUUAAGGUCAUGGAAAUCGGCCUAUAGGAAUGUCUCUGCCUUUGGAUCGAAUGAUUUCCUUUUUGGAUCGUCUUGUCGAAACGGAAAUAUUUUUGGCGCGAAUUCGAGGAACGACGCGCAAUGGCGACGUUGAUCGCCGCGACGCACUAGACGCCGAUAAGGUGAUAAGUUAAGUGGGAAUACCUUAGUUGUUGCAUCGAUGAGUUUUAAUCGUACACAAUAAUACAGCGUCCAUCCAGAAGCAGCCAGCCAGUACGAAGUCGAGGACAAUAUGAAUAUGCACGUGUUUAAACGGAACGAGGAGUGAAUGGAACAGCGACACACUAGAAAAAAAAAGAUAAAGAAAGAAAGAAUAAGAAGAAGAGAAAAAUUGUUUCGACGUGUCAACGUACAAUAUCAAUUCCGUCGAGCGACAGGGAAGCGAGAGGAUUUCAUUGUAAACGGAGACUUAUCACGAGCACAACGAUUACAAUGUCGUUAUUAAGUAAUUUUAAUGCGAACGAUGCGAAGUAUUGAUAACGUGAGAUGAGAAUCGAUACAGGCGCCGUUGAGUCCCCAUUCAUAAUCAUAAGGUUUCAAACAAGAACAUUUGUUACAACCGAUCACAGACUUUAUUCUUAAAGACGUAACGAGAAAUCGGUCACACCGGGAAACUGUACCGCGCGUCAUUCACGUACACACCAUGUAUUAACGUGUAUUUUUUUAUAAAUCAAAAUACGAAAUAAAAUGUCCAAGCUUUUAUGAGAUCAUUGCACCUGUUACCGUGUAAUCCCGUCGUUGCUGUCCGAGCCGACGACCGACGUUAUUAAUAAAGAUGUUGGACAUAUC